AUGCUCGAAUCCGAUCAAUCAUGGCCCUUGUGGGAUAACGACUCCCUCAAUGGAGCAUUCGAUGUCAACGACAAUGCUGUUGUAACCAAAGUUAACCGGCCUUACCUCUUCGGCUACUGUCCCACAAAAUCCAACGGCCGCGGUAUUCUCGUCAUCGGAGGCGGUGGCUAUGUCGAACUUAUGGUCGGCCGUGAAGGCGUCGCUGUCGCAAAGUGGCUGAGCAGUCUCGGCUUCUACGCUUUCGUCCUUGUUCAUCGGUUUCCAAACAGCGAGACGGGUGCACAAGCGCCAUUGGAUGAUGGACGGAGGGCUCUGAAGAUCAUAGCAGAGAGUGAGCUUGCUCCGGAAGGCAUCAGCAUUUGCGGUCUCUCAUCAGGCGGUCAUCUUGGUGCCGCUCUCCUAGCUGAAUACCCUCAAGUCUGGACAUCGCCAGACCCUGAAGUUCCCCAGAUCGAAUUCGCCAUCCUCGGCUACGGACCCAUCUCGACAAACGCAGUCGGUCGCACCAUCAUUGAAAACAAGCCUCCUCUUCCGCCUCAAGAGAAACAGGAGUUUUACAAUGUCGUGCAGCCAGACGUUCAGCUCCGGUCCCCAGCACCGCCUGCAUUCAUCGUCUACUCCAACAACGACCCAGUUGUACCUGUUAUCAACGCCUAUCGUCUCGCCGAGGGGUUUACAAAGAACGGGGCAUCGGUCGAGUUGCAUGUUUUCGCUGAUGCACCUCAUGGUUUUGCGCUGGAUAGCCACAAAGAUCUUCCAGCCACCAAAUGGCCCUCUAUGUGCGAGGCUUGGUUGAGACAGCAUAAAUGGAUAGAAUAG